UCAUACGGGAUUUUUCUUACCACAGCUGGGUUUUUUCCUUCCCACUCAAUUGAACCACUUCGUGUUUCGUAGCUCUCUCACACGAUUUGGCGCCCCGGAAAGACGAGCUGAGUUCCUUUGCCUACCGCAGGGAAUAAUCAUGAGUGGAGCUGGAGAGAAAGCUUCUGGAACCACAAAAACGCCUGCAGAUUUCCUCAAGUCGAUCCGUGGGAGGCCGGUGGUUGUUAAACUGAAUUCUGGAGUUGAUUACAGAGGCAUUCUUGCUUGUCUUGAUGGAUACAUGAACAUAGCAAUGGAACAGACCGAGGAAUAUGUAAAUGGACAGCUGAAGAACAAAUACGGAGACGCUUUCAUCCGUGGAAACAAUGUUCUUUACAUCAGCACAACAAAGAGGACCUUGGCAGAUGGAGCCUAGCUAGCCUUGAUGUUACUACUAUCAAUGGUCACCCCGGUUGCCAUUUUUCUUAAUCUUCUCUCCCAUCUUUGCUAAAAACAGGAUCUUUCACUUGACCCGUUUUUGGAGAACCCGAUAUUAUCUCCGCCGAUACAUCGUAAUUUUGAAAUCUUUGUUUGAUUAAAAGGAAUGAGAUUCGACCCUAUGCAACA